CCUCGCCCUGCUCUAAGUUACUUUCGGGGGUGUAGUGAGGGCGUGUAGGCCUACUGCACUUUAUGAAUAAUGAAAAAGUGACGUAAACAAUGCGGCUGUCUUUGCGGCUCCAGGCUCGAGGCGGGCGCAAGGAGGCGUGAUGCGGCCGUGACGUGGUUUGAGUCGGGGAUCUUUAAUCCUCUACCGCAGCAGCCCAGCCGGUCACCGGAGGAGGGGGGCAGCAAGGUUCGGACAGGAAUGGACCGCGCAGGCUAGGCUACGCGUAACCAGGCCGAAACAGCUCGGUGUUUAGGUAGAAAAUAAGAGAUUACGUCGAGGACGAGGCGAGUAUUUCUGCCCUAGGCCUGACCCCCUCCACCUCCAGCCAAUUCACUUACUUGUCCCUGCUGGAAAGACCACACACAGAUAAAAGGCUGGCUAAAUACAGAGAUCUUUUAAAGCGUUUUCGCUUGAUUAAAACGCCGAAUGUAGUAUUAGUAGAAUUAGUCGACGUACGGAUACAGCGAAUGCGCCCUGCCAGUUUCCUGAGAGUAAUUUAUUCCUCGGUUCGCCCUUCAGAAGCGGCGCCGCGUCCCCUCUUUUCCUGUCAGCUGCUGCGCAUCAGCACAACAUGCAGGAUGAGCCUGUGGGGGUGACAGCCACGCAGUUACCUCCAUCAGCCGAAGAGGACGACCGCAGCAGCAGCGCGGAAAGCAAAUCUGCAAAGCAAGCCAUCCAGACCGAGAGCCAGCUGAGCUCUUUCACGUCGGAUUACAGCCGCCUAACCCAGAAGAUCGCUUUCACCGAACGUUUCUGCCCGACGCAGUCCCCCUGUGACCUUCAGCACUGCCGAAGCAUACAUCAGCAGUUAGACUUUAUCCCGGCAGAGUCGCUCCCACCCCAGGGACGUUUCAGUCACCUGCAGCCCUUCUGUAGAGCUGCUGACCCCCGCGGCUCUGCUGUGGAGGCGGCUGAGGCCGAUGCUGCGACGCCAUCGCCUUCCUCUGUAAAUCUAAACAAGAUCCAGAUGGACUCCCCCAUCGCACACCAUUUAAAUAACGGCAAUGGCAGCAGUAGCAGCAGCAGCACCGGCAAUAUGUUGUCCGGGGGUCUGGGCGCCGCUUUCCCUAACCUCCCCACCCAGGAGAUUCAGAGCGCCAGCGGCGGUCCGUCCUCGCCCUCCCUCUCCGGUUUCGGCACCCCUUGGUCCGUGCAGACCAGCUCCUCGCCCCCGCCUACAGUCAACUCCAUCAACCCAAUACACGCCAUCAGCCAGAUGCCCAACACGGACUCCGAGAACAGCUUCUACCCGGGCAUCCCUUCCUCCAUCAACCCGGCCUUUUUCCAGAGCUUUUCGCCGGUGUCGGCUAAUCCGUGCGCCGGGAUUAACGUGCAGGGCUUUAGCGGCCCUUUCUCGCCUCAGAUGAGCGUGCCUCAGCAGCCGCAGAGCCGCAGGUCCCCGGUCAGUCCCCAGAUGCACCCCCAGCAGGGCGCCUUCCUGCAGCAGAGGAACAAUUACAACCAACACCAGCCUAUGGUGAAACCAUCCCCGUGGGGGAGCCACCACGGGAAUGGCUGGGGUUCCGGGGGGAUGUCUUGGGGCCGGGACCACCGCAGAGGGAACGGCAUGGGGGUACCCGGUUCGGUCAGUCACGUCUCGCCCCUGAAGAAGCCCUUCUCCAGCAACGUCAUCGCUCCCCCGAAGUUCCCGCGCUCUGGAGGAUCACUGGGGCCUAAGUCCUGGAUGGAGGAGAACAUGUUUCGCACGGACAGCAACAGCAACGCCAUGUUGCCGCUGCAGGACCGCUCCAGAAUGUACGACAGUCUGAACAUGCACUCCUUGGAGAGCUCCCUGAUUGACAUCAUGCGAGUGGAGCAGGAUCCGAUGAAAGGCCGUGUGGGCUGCCCUAACCCCGGGGCUGACGGCCUUCUCAUGCUCAAUGCCAGGAGCUAUGGGAGACGUCGAGGCCGCUCCUCCCUCUUCCCAAUUGACGACAAUCUCCUUGAUGAUGGCCACGGCAACCAGGGUGUCCCAGGAGUCCUUGGCUCCACCAACUGUUACCCCCACCAAAACGGGGAACGCAUCGAACGCUUCUCUCGCAAGGUUUUUGUGGGGGGCUUGCCUCCUGACAUAGAUGAAGAUGAAAUCACCUCAAGCUUCCGUCGCUUCGGUCACCUGGUGGUCGACUGGCCACACAAAGCUGAGAGCAAAUCCUACUUUCCACCUAAAGGGUACGCCUUCCUACUGUUCCAGGAGGAGAGCUCCGUGCAGGCCCUGAUUGAUGCAUGCAUGGAGGAGGAUGGGAAGCUCUACCUGUGUGUUUCCAGCCCCACCAUCAAGGACAAACCUGUGCAAAUCCGACCAUGGAACCUGAGCGACAGCGAUUUUGUGAUGGACGGAUCUCAGCCUCUCGAUCCCCGUAAAACCAUCUUUGUGGGAGGUGUCCCUCGUCCCCUGAGAGCAAUUGAGCUGGCCAUGAUCAUGGACCGCCUCUAUGGUGGAGUGUGCUACGCAGGGAUUGACACUGAUCCAGAGCUCAAGUACCCCAAGGGGGCAGGGAGGGUGGCCUUCUCCAAUCAGCAGAGUUACAUCGCUGCCAUCAGUGCAAGAUUUGUCCAGCUGCAACACGGCGAUAUUGAUAAACGGGUGGAGGUGAAGCCCUACGUCCUGGACGAUCAGCUGUGUGAUGAGUGCCAGGGGGCUCGCUGCGGAGGGAAAUUCGCUCCCUUCUUCUGCGCUAACGUCACCUGUCUUCAGUACUACUGCGAGUUCUGCUGGGCCAACAUCCACUCCCGUGCAGGGCGAGAGUUUCACAAGCCUCUGGUGAAAGAGGGCGCCGAUCGCCCCCGGCAGAUUCACUUCCGCUGGAACUAGGGCUUUCGAAUCCGCGUCCAUAAUGAUGGUCAGAGUUAAGGGAAACACUGUCUAACGGGAAAAAGAGCUUCGCUCUGCCUCUCCUGCUAACCUAAGCUAUCAGUAUAAUCAAGUGCGUAACACUAUACAAUAUAUACUACAUAUAGCUAUAUAUCUUUUGUAGCAGCCAAACACCGCAAGCCUCAGUUUUUCACCAAAACCCCCCUCACAUCUCAGGCUCUGACAACUCUACAACUCUUUUGUGGUACUUUCAUCUUUUUCUAAGAGGAGAUUUAAAAAAAAGAGAUUGAUUUUUGUAGCUUUUUUUAUUAUUAUUAUUAUUAUUAUUAUUAUGAUUAUUAUUAUUGUAUGUGAGAUUUAAAGUAGAUACAGGAAUGUUUUCUGCAUGGGGCAGCUCGUCUGUCUGUCUGCUGCUAGCAACCACACUGUGCAUUUAGUGCACACUUGUUUCUGGGAAAACCUCGAUUAUCUGACAUUGACACGUGCCGCAGGUUAUUAACCAAAGGUAGCAAAAUGGUAGGAAGCUCAAAACUGACACUGUCUGCCGCGGAAACAAGCGUUAAUUCAUAACGCUCUUUUCUUUUCUUGCUAGAGAGUUUAUUGAAAGAAAACAGAAGAAGACAGGGUUAUUUUUUUUUGUGCUCAUUCUAACCUGUAGAGUGAUACCUCAAAAUACAAAAUCCAGUUUCUGCUAACAUUUAUACUUAAGAAGGCUAUUUUAGAAGCUUUGCUGCUAUAUAUAAAUAUAUAUGAAUAGAUAUGUAGGUGUUAUAUUUAAACCCGAAUCAUGUACAAUGAAAUGCAGUAUGCACUCAACCACUUCCAGCGCCACAGAAAGAGUUAGAGUGCAUGUAGUCACAACAGGCUUAUAGCUGCAGAACUAGCAUGCAGGAUCGAUGUGAGAGAGACAAGUAAACCAAAUCAGCUGAUCACUGAAAUCCUCUUUAAAAGCUUAAAAACUGAAACUCUGUACUAGGUAGCAUGAUCAUCAACUACAGACUCCUAAGUGAAAAAAAAGUCAGAUGAAGUUAGGUAAGAAGAGAAAAAAAACUUACAUAAACUUGCAUGCAUCGAUGUUUCUCCGUUGUUUGAUCUGUUUACAUACUAUCAACACAAAAAGUGAUAUUGGUUCUAAUGUAGACUUAGUAGACGCCAUCUUUUGGUGACAUGGCGGCUUGUAUAGAAACAAAAAUGAAAUCAAAAGCAGAGUGGUGUUCAGUGGGUUGUGUUUGUGUUGUCCCUGUGCUGUGUGAUUGUUCUUAGUGUAGACUGAGGCUCUAGUUUUGUUAUCAACAGAUUAUGUAGAAAAAAAUACAACAACAUGCCUUCACUUUUCCUAACAUUGAACCUUCGAAUGGUUCCAGCUGGACAGUUGCAAACACAAGACAACUGAGUCACACUAUUAAGCAUCCUUUAUUGGCUUGCAUGCAGUGUUUUGCAAAAGUAUUCACACCCAUGCAACUGCAUUCUCCUGUGUGGCGUAUUUUAUGUUAUAGACCAACACAAAGUAUUGUAAAGUUCUGAAAUGGAGGAAUAUUACACAUGGCUUAAAAACCACCUUUUGCUUCUAUCAGAUUGGCACAUCUAGAGUCUGACAUUUGUCUGGAGAAAAGCCUCAAGGCCAGUCAGUUUAAAUGGGGCGUACAUCAGUUUUCAAGUCUUACCACAGAGUCUUAAGUGGAUUUAGGUCUGGUCAUUGAGUGGGCCUUUCUAACACAAGAGUGUGCUUUGAUCCAAAUUGUUCCACUGUUGCUCUGGCUGUGUUUAGGGUUGUAUUGCUGAAAGGUGAACCUCCACCCUAAGCCCCUUACAGGUUUUCUUCCAGGAUUGCCCUGUAUUUAGCUCCAUCCAUUACCCAUCAACUGUAACCAGCUUGUCUCUCUCUGCUGAAGAAAAGUAUCCCAACAGCAUGAUGCUUCUCCACUAUUACCAUGGGCCUCUUGGCUGCUUAUCUGAUUAAUGCUUUCAUUACUCUCAUCACCCUGCUUUAAACUUCUGCAAAACGUUUUCCUUGACCUUUCCUUGACCUGUCUGCUUUGUUCCUUGGUCUCCAUUUUGCGGUUUGUUCUCUGAUGUUCUCUAACAAACCUCUGAGGCCUUCACAGAGCAGCUGGGUUUAUUCUCAAAGUAGAUUAUACAGGUGGAAUCAGAAGGGCCUUGGGUUUAAUUCGGAGGUCUCAGAGUACAGAGGGCUGAGUAGACAUGCAUGCAAAACAUUUCAGAUGACAACUUUUAAUUGACAAAAAAUGCAAUCCAUGUAUCCUUGUCCUUCUACCCCACAGUUAUGCACCACUUUGUGUUGGUCUGUCAGAAAAUACCAAUGGUAUACAUUGAAGCAUGUGGCUGAAUAAAAAAGUGGGUUGUGAAUAUGUUUGCAAGGUUCUGUAUAUUUUGUGGAGCUGCAGCCACACAGAAUGUGGCUGCAGCUCCACAGGAAACUGACCCGGUUACUGGACGACGAAGCAUCUCCUCACCACACUUUUACAAUGAGGAAGAUGACCUAAAAUGAAGCUCUCCUUGUUUGUUAUAUACUUUUCCGUCAGUUUCCACCCCAACCCUUGAAAGACUUUUGACAGAACUGUUUAGGGACAAUCUUUACUGUGAGAACGGCCGCCCGGCCGUCCACUCAGUACACGUGUGUCGCUCCUGUGUCGUCGUGAGUUCAGUGUCCCCCUCUUCCUCUGUCUGGUCCGCAGUGUCAGUCAAGUGUGUGCUGUUACAAAACCUUAACGGGAUGGAAACUCAAAGCUUAUAUAUUCUUAUAGCUGGUUUGUAUAAUUUAAACUAUUUGUGUCGACGACUACUUACCCUUCACUGGCUCUUUGAGAUGUUUUUGAUAAUACAUAUUAUUAUGCACUACUUUUCUAUUUACCCACUCCUCGCCUCCCCUUCUAAUGAUUUCAGUGCAAACGUGGGCUCCACUUACUGUAUUUAUUAUAACUGCAUAGAUGAUUUAUUAAAUGUUAUUUUUUCACGAUUACCUAUUUAAGAUGUAGCGUAAUGCGGUUCUCUGUGUUAUCUUACGUUAUCUAUGUUCUUUGUGACUGAAGCCAGAAUCCCUGAUUUUCUAAUAUAUUUUAGUGGAAUUGGAUGUUGUGAGGACCGGGAGUCAAACAAAAAGAAAAAGAAAUGAGCUCAACCCGCCUCCCUUCCUUUAGUUCCCGGUGCAUCUGAUGAUGCGUGAAUAUCGUCACCUGUAACACUUGACUCGUACUGUUUUCGUGAGGUUCUAUUUUCUAUGUUGAACACUGUUCGUUUGCUCUGUACGUGUCCUUGUUUCGUUUUUGUAAAAGCAUAUUUAUUUCACUAUUUUUGUAGAUGAUAAAAGAAAUUUGAUUUUGAUUGUAUUUUUCUAUUUAAAUAGGACUAAUAUUACAAUUUAUUCCCCCCGCCCCCCUGCCCCGGACCCAAUUAUGCCCCAAAGGUUCAGAGGAAUCAUGUCAUCAGUAACACCAUCAGAUGUUUUUGAUACACAGGUGAUUCUUAUUUUGAUACACGAGGCACAUGUUUGAAGGAAGGAAACAUGAAGAUUUUCUUUGAAUCUGGGAAGACACUUGACAUUGUCACCCCUCCACCCCCACCGUUGCAUCGAGGCCCCGCCUGCCUGUCCUCAUAGAUGCUCUGAAACUUGAAUAUAACACAUUUUGAAAGGCCGACUAACCUCGACUCCGUGUUGUGAUGUGCAAUACUGUUUCUAAUGUUUGUAUAAAAGUAAGAACUACAGUGUAGACCUUUUUAAAUGCAGAUUUAUUUUUUUCAUUGCAUAUUUUGCAGAUUUCUGAUCCACAGUGUCAUUUUUUUACCGUCAGAAAAAGGAACCCCGUUUUUUCAUUGCGAGUAUUUUUAAAUCCAGAUAUCUUUGUACCGAUGUAAAUGAUUGUAGUUAUUUUGAAUAGUGUUUUGCUAACAAAAGGAGAGACUUUUUCAUGCGUAUUUGUAUUUCCUUUCAUCUUGUUUUAUCCUGCAUUUUUAUUCUCAUUUAACAGUAGCAAAUUUUUUGGAGUAAUUUGUCAUAUUUAAAUGUCAUUGUUUUUGUGAGGUUAUUUUUUUGUGGAGACAUAAUAUAUUUGAGAUGCUAACUGCUGAGAUAUUUUUGAGUUUUUAAUUAUUUUUGAAGCUAAAUAUUUGUAAUUUUAUUGUUAAGUGACUAAUUUCUAAAUCAAAGUUUGUGUAUAGAUUGACAAAGCGGUCUAUGAGGUGUUUGGAUUGCAAUUAUUACUGAAUGGUUCUUUUAUAUGCAAGAUGAAUAUCAUGUUUAUUUUUAUUUUUGUUGGUUUUGUAUUUAAAUGGGGUGUUGAUUACAAUCUUCUCUUCUUUUACUUCCUGAAUAAAGACCCAUUCUGUUUGGACACAA